AUGGAGGCGUCCACCCACGGCUCGUGCUCCGGCUCCGGCUUUGGCAUCGAUUCUCUGCUGUCCCACAGACCCGGAAGUCCGGUGGUGGUCGUCACCAAGGGUAACGGCGGUUUGGAGAGAGAAUGCCGGUCGCCGGCGGAGUUCAGCGCCGCGUCGGACCCGGAGAGCGCGUGCUCGAGCCCGCCGUCACCGAGGCGCGAGGAGCGCGAGGAAGACGAGGAGCACGAGGCGCACGAGCAGAGGCGAGGCCGCGCGCUCGCGCUGCCGUCCCACACGCACCACGGCCCGGUGUCCGCCGCGCCCCAGCCGCGCACCGUCACCUCGUCCUUCCUGAUCAGAGACAUCCUGGCCGACUGCAAGCCGCUGGCCGCGUGCGCGCCGUAUUCCAGUAACGGGCAACCGACGCACGAGGCGAGCAGGUUAGCGUCUAAAGUGGCGGAUGAGUUCAUCGAGAAAAUCCACAGCAACUCGUCCUCAGACGGAGAAUACAACAAAGUGAAAGAAGAAGGAGACAGAGAGAUCUCCAGCAGCAGAGACAGCCCCCAGGUGCGGCUGAAGAAGCCGCGGAAAGCGCGCACCGCCUUCACCGACCACCAGCUCGCGCAGCUCGAGCGCAGCUUCGAGCGCCAGAAAUACCUGAGCGUGCAGGACCGCAUGGAGCUCGCGGCCUCCCUGAACCUCACCGACACGCAGGUGAAGACCUGGUACCAAAACAGGAGGACGAAGUGGAAGAGGCAGACGGCGGUGGGACUGGAACUCUUAGCGGAAGCCGGGAACUACUCGGCCCUACAGAGGAUGUUUCCAUCGCCGUAUUUCUACCCGCAGGGUCUGGUGUCGGGUCUGGACCCCGGCGCGGCCGCGCUGUCCUACCUGUGCCGGGGCGCCGGAGCUCCUCCCCCCGCUGCUCCUGCGGCUCUGCAGCGGCCUCCGCUCGUACCGCGGAUUCUCCUGCACGGGCUGCAGGGCGGACACGAGCCUCCGCCGCCUCUCCCCCCGCUGCCCGGGGUGGUACUGCCCAGACCCACCCCACCGCGAUGA